UUUUUGCCUCAUUAAGCGGGCAACUGAUAACGAUGGAAAAACGGGCCUUAUCAUCUAAGGCCGUGGUCUUCGUCGAAAAUUGAUUACAUUAUUAUUUAUUUACAUUUUAAAUUUCGAAUUUCAAUCCAACAGUACUACUACAACAGAAUACAGAUAUUCUAAUUAACUUUUUAUCAACUGAUAAUUUGAACAAAUUAACAAAUUUAUGGAAAAUGUCUAGUGAUGAAGAAUUUAUUGGUCCUCCUAUACCUGACAACUUAACAUUAAUUGAUACAGUUGAUUCAGUUACAAAAAAUAACCAGGAAUCGGAACAAUCAGCAAAUGCAGAUACUGAAACUGGAAAAUCAAGUACUGAAAACGGUAUGCAGGUAACAAAUAUUGGUGAAAUACAAACAGAAUUGCAAAAAAAUAAUUUAGAAGACGAUGAUUAUGUUGGACCGCCCAUUCCUUCUAAUUUAACAUCUUCGGAUAAAAUCAUUCAAAAAGAUAUAAGCAAUGAACAAAUUAAACAAAAUGAGAAUGAUACUCAAAAAACAACAUGUACAGAUUAUGAUAGUGAUGAUGAUUUAAGUGAUGACGGUGAUGAAGAUGAUGCAAAAGAAAUUAAGUUGCCGAUUGAGAGCCACGUUUCAUUAAAUCAUGGUGUUAAAUCAGUUUCUGCCUUGUGCGUUGAUCCUCCUGGAGUCCGAUUAGCUAGUGGUUCGGUUGACUAUGAUGUCCGUUUAUGGGAUUUUGCUGGUAUGGAUCAAACUCUACAAAGUUUUCGCACAUUAAUUCCUUGUGGAAAUCAUCCAAUCAAAUGUCUUAAAUAUUCUCCAACUGGUGAUAGAUUAUUAGUGAUAUCUGGAAUGUCUCAGGCUAAAGUUUUGGAUAGAGAUGGUCAUGAACUUUGGGAAUGUGUCAAAGGUGAUCAGUAUAUAUCAGACAUGGUGAGGACUAAAGGACACACAUCUCCGUUGACUUGUGGAUCUUGGCAUCCUAGGAUUAAAGAAGAAUUUUUGACUAGCUCUGAGGAUGGAUCUUGUCGUAUUUGGGAUAUGACUAAACAGGAAAAGCACAAAAGUAUUAUCAAGUGUAGAGCAAAAAAUGGAUUAAGAACUGUUCCGACAACUUGUAAUUAUAGCAACGAUGGAAAAUUAGUUGCGUGUGCUUGCAGAGAUGGUUCAGUUUUAGUUUAUGAUACUAGAAAACCAAGUUUUGUGAAUGCUACGUUCACAAUACGAGAUGCUCAUCUAAAUAAUUCUGAUACAUCCUCAAUUGUAUUUUCCUAUAGAGAUCAUUUGAUAUGUACACGUGGUGAAGGUAUUGACGAAACUAUGAAACUCUGGGAUAUAAGAGCUUUCAAGAAACCUAUUCAUAUUGUGGAUGGAUUGUAUUCAAGGUAUUCUACCACAGACUGUUGUUUUAGUCCAGAUGAUUCAAUUAUAGUAACAGGUCAUUCGGUGCGACCAAAGGAAGCAGGAGGUCAUCUAAUGUUCUAUAGUACAGAUACGUUUGAACUUCGUGAAAAAAUAAAAGUAUCUGAAUCACAUUGUAUUAAAGUUUACUGGCAUCCUAAACUUAAACAGUUAUUUGCUGGUUGUGGAGAUGGUACUGUGAAAGUAUUUUAUGAUCAAGUUAAUAGCCAAAGGGGUGCUAUGUUGUGUGCUUCGAAAACUCGAACCAAGACAAAACAAAUGGAAAUGGUACCAACGCAGCAGAUUAUAACACCCCAUGCUUUACCUAUGUUUAGACAAGAUAGAAAUAAAUCGUUGAAAAAGCGAAAUGAUAAAGACAGGUUGGAUCCGGUAAAAUCAAAAAGACCUGAUUUACCAAUUAAGUCAGGACAAGGUGGCCGUGUUGCUGCAUCAGGUAGUACGUUAAGCUCUUAUGUUAUUCGUAAUUUGGGAUUAAGCAAACGAGUUGAAGACGAUCAGGAUCCUAGAGAAGCUAUUUUGAAAUAUGCUAAGGACGCGGCAGAGAAUCCAUACUGGGUAACACCUGCAUAUGCUAAAACACAACCAAAAGCUGUUCUUGAACAAUCCGAAGACGAACCACAAGAAAAGAAAAUUAAAUUUGAAAUUGGCCAACCAAAACAAUAAUAUAAUUAUUUAAUUUAUUAAAAAUAAAAAUAAAUGUUUUAUUGAAAUUUGUAUAUUUUAUAACUAGAAAAAUAUUGCAUUAAGUGAAAUAAGAUCAGUCUAUAAAUAAUUAUAAUUAUUAUACCUAAACAACAUAAAAAGAAAUUUUAAUUAAAACAUUCAACUGGUUUCUAUAUUUGAAUAUGUAAUAAUGUAUUGAUGGUUCAUUGUUGAUUUUUAAUUAUAUUGUCUACAAUCUAAUAUUACAUUUUUGGGAUAAUUUUGAUAAGAACUUUAAAUUCUUCGUGAUUGUCGUCUGAAUGAGCAAUGUUGAUGUCCUCUGGUCGCAUAGUGUUGAGGAGAUUUGUUGGACACAGAAUUACCUGUAACGACUAGUUGAACGCAUUCAGCUACACCUCUGUUUUGAGCUACUGUAUCCCAUUCUUGACUUAAUCGCCUACUCCAAAAGCGCAUAUAGUAAUAUUUGAGCCACCGGCCAAAGAUGGUCCAUUACCUGCGAGCCUUAUGAAUCAACAAGUGAGUGUCGAUGGUUUCAAUGUAUUUGCUUUCAGCUGACAUCACAGUUUCGGCUCUGGACACGUCAGUAGAUAAUAGUCCUCGCGGCUAUUUAACAAUAUUAAAAUUAUUUAUAAUCUAAAAUUGCUUUUCUGAGUUUAAUGUGAAAAAUAUAUUUUUACUGUCGACUGUGUUCUCCUAAUAUUUCUGUAUGGUCUGCGCAAGUAGUUAUUGUUUCUCUUUUGUAAUGCUACUUUUUUAGUCUCAAUUCUACUCUCUUCUGAAAAUUAAUACAUAACCAACAGAAAAAUAGUGAUUUUCUGACGUAUUAUUUUUUUUACCAUUAAAAUUCUCUGAUGGAUGCGUGUCUUGUUUAUCUGGCAACAGUGAUACCUUCAUGUGCAUGUUAUUCGGUCCGUUCACGCUAACACACCAACCAUUCGCUGUUAAAAAAAAUAUUUUUGUAAACUGAUAAUUGAUAAACCACAUUGUAUAACACAAUUAGACCCUUUUUUUUUUAGAGCAAGAAGUAAAUAACGAAAUAUAUCUAUUUUUUUUUUUUUAAUCCAAAUCUAGUUUCAGAUUUCUUCUUACACAUUCUUUGUUUUUUAUAUUGCCUCCAUAGUAUAACCACAGAUUACAUGAAAAAAAUGUGUAAAAACCUAGUGUUUAAAAAUUUUAAACAAUUAGAAAACUUGCUA